AUGUGCAUUAAUAUAAGCACAAAAGUGAUUCAUUGACCAAAACACUCAACCACCCAUCCAUAUAUAAUCGUUUCGAGGCAAUUCAAGCCAGGCCCGAAAGUGAUAAGAAGCAUUAUGCGUUUCGCCAAAAGCACUAGAGCAGCCCGCCCACCAUUGUCAACUCCAUGUGAAGACGUGUGGAAGCUAGGAUAGCAUCCCAAUUUCCCACUUGUCAUCUACAAAGUGGCCAAUAAUCCACCCCUCAAUCUCCACGUACAUUCUUAUCGAUGCUUUCAUUCUCCUAGCUUGGCUUCUAUAUAAAGAUAGACCAACCAUUCACCUAUGCAAUUCUUGACCCAAACAUUAUUUGAUAUUAUAUAGUAGUGUCAACUUCCUUAGCUUCUUGUUUCCUUCCUUCCAUUUCUAUCAUAUAUAUAUAUAUUCACAUCUUAUAUAUGAGAAGAAGAAAAAUGCCAUCCAUUACAGUAGAUCCUAGUUUAGGCCUCCAAAUCAGCAAACAACAUAAAAUAGAAGAGGAAAUUCCGGGACUGAUUAAAGUUUACCGAGAUGGUCACGUGGAGAGAGCACAGAUUAUCCCGAAUGUUUCGUGUUCAUUGCCUCCAGAAUUCUGUGUGACCUGUACUGAUGUGAAAAUUGAUAAGAGCACGAACAUUUGGGCGCGUUGUUACGUUCCGAGAUGUGAUUAUAAGGUUCCGCUACUGGUAUAUUUUCAUGGAGGUGGAUUUUGCGUCGGCUCGGCUUCUUGGAGUUGUUACCAUGAAUUCCUGGCAAAAUUGGCAAGAAAAGCAAAUUGUGUGGUAUUGUCAGUGAACUAUAGGUUGGCACCGGAAAAUCCACUUCCGGCAGCGUACGAUGACGGCGUUAAGGCAGUUAUGUGGUUAAGGCAACAUGCGGCGGCGGCCAUGGGUAGUGUAGCCGCCAAAGAAUAUUAUUGCUGGUCAAACAAAUGUGACUUUUCUAGUGUUUUCCUAGGUGGUGACAGUGCGGGCGCCAAUAUAGCCUACAAUGUUGCCCUAAGGUUAUGUCCCAGAAGUGACCAAGAAUUUAAACCCUUAAACCCUUUGGUCAUAAAAGGGACCAUUCUCAUACAACCAUUUGUGGGAGGAGAAUCAAGAACUUAUUCGGAGAUAUACACGGCGCAACCAUCGCACUCGCCGCUCACAUUGGCGGCCUCCGACACGUAUUGGCGGCUAGCACUCCCGGUGGGGGCUAACCGUGAACACCCGUGGUGCAACCCCAGCGUGAAAGGGUGCACAAAUAUGAGGGUUCCACCAAGUCUAGUGCUCAUAUCGGAGCUAGAUAUAUUGAAAGAUAGGAGCUUGGAGUUGUGUGGGGCUUUGAGUAGAGCUGGUAAGAAAGUGGAGUUGUUUAUGUGCAAAGGUGUUGGGCAUGCAUUUCAUAUUCUUAGCAAGUCACAGAUCGCACAAACAAGAACUGAUGAAUUGAUUGCUCAAAUCAAGACCUUCACCGCCACCUAGCUUAGCUAGCUACUAUACAUCCUAUCAUCAUUACAAGAAGCUAGCGCUAGCCAUGAUUUAAUGUCCCUCGUCUGAUCUACUGUAAAUUAUAUUAUUACAUGUUUUAGUAUAAUGCAAAAGUAAAAGAAGCAGCUAGAUAUAUAUGUUACAUAACUUACCUUGUUUUGCCUUUUUACAUUUUGUUCAUGUAUUAUAUAUAUUGUUACAUUUUGUUUGGGAA